ACAAUUUCGAUUUUGAUUCAAAUAGGAGAAAAUAAUUUCAAGAGCCGAACUACGCUUUUUCUGCUUCUCACUUUUUCUCACCUUUUGCUCCCUUCACCUAAGAUCAAUUUGAGGAGUGUAGCGAGGACACGUUGAAUGCAUGUCGAUCAAACAAAAUGGUACUUAUAGCAGACAAAAUUAAGGAACUGAAUCCUCACAUCUUUAUCAGUAUUUUAACUAAAUCCAGAAACUACUCGUAUCAUAAGCAUAGCUCCCAGAAAGUCUGCCGAAUCUUUUGACUGGCUGCUCAAAAGGUUCACCCUCCAUAGACGACGAAAUGGCAGCGGCGACACUGGCAUCCCACAGCUAUUGUUGUCUUAAUGGAGAAUUGAUUGAAUGUCGAACGAAGAGCCAUAAUCUAAGCUCAUCACAGACAAUUUCACCCUUAUUUUAUUCAAAAUUCAAGCGGCAUUCCCUUAAAAACACUGAAAUGGUCUGCGGGUUUUCAGUACAGAUGCAACAGAGAGAGUCUCCGGUGAAACUAGGAAGGUAUGGCCGUCCAAUAGAAAUGAUACCGGCAAGUGAAGUCACUCAAAGGAAAGUACCAUCAAUAAAUGGAGUUGAGAUAGUGAAUGGUACAAGUGGAGCAAGCAUAGUUAAGAGAGCUGUUUCUCCGGCUGUUAUGAUAAAAGCAAAGUCAAUAGAGCUUCCUCCUGUAGAUUUGCCUUCAGAUGAGGGCUUCAAUUGGGCGAAUGAGAAUUACAACUCCUUCCAAAGAAAAAUAGACAUAUGGUCCUUUGCUCUUUCACUACGUGUGCGUGUUUUCUUAGAUAAUGCAAAAUGGACAUAUGCGAGCGGCUUCAAUGAAGAUAAGCAGAAAGACAGAAGAAGGAAGACUGCUUCAUGGUUAAGGGAGCGUGUGCUGCAACUUGGGCCAACCUUUAUCAAAGUGGGACAAUUGUCCUCAACUAGGUCUGAUCUUUUUCCGCGAGAGUUUGUUGACGAGCUUGCUAAGUUGCAGGAUAGAGUACCGUGCUUCUCGUCAGAGAAAGCAAAAGACUUGAUAAAGAAGGAGUUGGGACUUUCAGUUGAUAUUCUGUUCAAGGAAUUUGAAGACCGGCCUAUUGCUGCUGCUAGUCUUGGUCAGGUUCAUCGUGCAAUAUUGCACAGUGGAGAAAGAGUUGUUGUUAAAGUUCAAAGACCUGGUUUGAAAAAGCUGUUUGACAUUGAUCUUGGAAAUCUCAAAUUACUUGCUGAAUACUUUCAGAAUAGUGAAACACUAGGUGGCCCAUCCCGGGACUGGAUGGGAGUUUAUGAAGAAUGUGAAAAGAUUUUGUACAUGGAGAUUGAUUAUAUAAACGAAGGGAAGAAUGCUGACAGAUUUCGAAGGGAUUUUCGAAAUAUAAAAUGGGUUCGAGUUCCUAUUGUGUACUGGGAUUAUAGCGCAACGAAGGUGCUGACAUUGGAGUAUGUUCCAGGGAUAAAGAUCAACGCAUUGGAUGCUAUUGAUGCGCGUGGUUUUAGCAGAUCUAGGAUAUCAUCCCGAGCAGUUGAAGCUUAUCUAAUUCAGAUACUAAGAACAGGGUUCUUCCACGCUGACCCCCACCCUGGAAAUCUAGCUGUAGAUGUGGAUGAAGCUCUUAUCUACUACGACUUUGGUAUGAUGGGAGAGAUCAAGAAUUUCACAAGAGAUAGGCUGCUGGGUAUUUUCUAUGCUGUUUAUGAAAAGGAUGCAAAAAAGGUUAUGCAAGGCCUCAUUGAUCUUGGAGCACUACAACCCACUGGAGACAUGUCAUCGGUGAGGAGAUCUGUGCAGUUUUUCUUGGAUAGUUUGUUGGAUCAAAGGCCUGAUCAACAACAGACCAUGUCUGCAAUCGGUGAGGAUUUGUUUGCAAUUGCAAUGGAUCAGCCGUUCCGCUUUCCAUCUACCUUCACUUUUGUCUUGAGGGCAUUUUCAACCCUUGAAGGCAUUGGCAACAUCUUGGAUACAGAUUUUUCCUUUGUUAAGAUUGCAGCCCCGUUUGCACAGGAGCUCUUAGAUUUGAGACAGAAGCAGCGGGGAAGGGCGCAACUUGUUCAGGAAUUAACUAAACAAGCCGAUGAUGCUAGGUCAUACACCAUUUCAAUGCCUUACAGAAUCCAGAGGAUUGAGGAGUUUGUCAAGCAGCUCGAAUCAGGAGAUUUGAAGCUUCGAGUUCGUGUCCUUGAGUCUGAAAGAGCAGCUCGCAAGGCAACAGUACUACAAAUGGCAACCAUGUAUACAGUUAUAGGCGGUACACUAAUUAACCUCGGCGUAACAUUCAGCAGUCAAGGCAAUCAAGUUGUUGCUAACGGAACGUUCGUGUGUGCAGGUGUUUUCGUAACAUUGUUAAUUAGGUCCAUGCAAAGGGUGAAGGGCCUUGAGAAAUUUGAAAAAAUGAUUUGAUUAUCUCUUUUUUUAAUUUUUAUUCCUCCACAGCUAAAAUCAUCUAUUGGUACUCUUUUUUACGUAGAUUGAAAUGUAAUUAUCUAUAGAACUUUUAAAACUAAUUGUGCAUUGCUGCUAGAGUUGAAAAAUGGAUGUUAAUGUUAAGAAUUGGAACCUUUUUUAUAAUCGUGUCAAUCAUUUUUCAUAAGAGAAUCCAUAUCAUGGAUCGAUUUGGCUC